AUGUCAAAAGUCGGUUCAACUAUUAUUACAAAUCAACCUCAUAAUUAUGAAAUUCAUAAUAGUUUUAUUUUAAUGGGUAAUGAAAUAUUCUUGCAGAGAUAUAAAUUUGAAGAUGGAGGAUGUGGAUGUACUACUAUUUAUCAUACGACACUUACUGACACACGUUUACUUAUUCGAUCUGAAACAACAUGCUGUUUUAAUUGUUCUUAUGAACCAGAUCAUUUGGAUGCAUCACUUUUCUUACGAGAUAUAGCUGAAAUACGUGAAAUGACAGCAACUCGUCAUUGUUGUUCUUCAUUAUGUGAUUAUUGUUGUGGAUGUUGUUGUCGUCCUUCAAGUUUUAUUGAAGUACGAGGUUCAUUUGGUUCGGAAAAAUUGUAUGUAUCAAAAGCAGAUAAAGCAAAUAUACAAGUUGAAGUGCCAGCAGCAAUUGCCAAUCAUAAACUUAUUAGGCAUUAA